UUUCUGAAAGGCCUUUCAAACAUGGACGGCAUCAAGAAGAAAAUGAUCGCAAUGAAGCUGGAAAAGGAGAAUGCAAUGGAAAGGGCUGUUCAGUACGAGGCACAACUGAAGCAGAAAGAAGAAGAACAGGAGAAGAAAGAAACUGAGAUUGGUGAGCUCAAUAACCGAAUGAAACAAGCCCAAACCGAAUUGGAUGAGAUUCAGGAGGCGCUCCAGGACUCGUUGAAUAAGAUGGAGGAGACGGACAAACGGGCGACAAACGCUGAAGCUGAGGUUGCUGCAAUGACUCGACGAAUUCGGUUGCUCGAGGAAGAUUUAGAAGUCUCUUCAAGCCGUCUGACAGAAACCUUGGCGAAGUUGGACGAAGCUAGUAAGACCGCAGAGGAAAGUGAACGAGGUCGAAAAGAACUUGAAAUUCGGUCCAUUGCUGACGACGAACGUCUUAGUCAGCUUGAAGAUCAACAGAAGGAAGCAAAGUAUAUUGCUGAGGAUGCCGAUCGAAAAUACGAUGAGGCUGCACGUAAACUGGCUAUCGUCGAGGUUGAUUUCGAACGAGCUGAGUCUCGUCUAGAAGCUGCUGAAAGCAAAAUUGUGGAACUUGAAGAGGAACUUCGAGUUGUGGGUAACAACAUGAAGGCUCUUGAGAUUUCCGAACAAGAGUCCGCUCAACGGGAGGAAAGCUAUGAAGAAACCAUCCGAGAUUUGACAGAACGCCUCAAAGCCGCUGAACAGCGGGCUGCUGAAGCUGAACGCCAAGUCUCCAAACUUCAGAACGAAGUUGAUCACCUUGAAGACGAUCUGUUGGCCGAGAAAAUCCGUUACAAGGACCUCAGUGGGGAAUUGGAUCAAACAUUCGCAGAACUUACUGGUUAUUAGAUCCUGGUUUCUCAAAGCACCACUCUCCUCUCUGUCAGACAUUACCUCAGCUGCUUAUACAUGCUUUCUUGCAAAAUGUUCAUUCACCAUUCUCCUAAUGCUGUUGGCCUUUUAAAUUAUUGAUGAAAUUACCUUUGACAUUCUCCCAACUUUAUCCCACCUCAUUAACCGACACAGCUACUUGUCUGGCACUUUGUCCUUGAGUCCAGCACAGCUGAACUCUUUCAAGGCUUUCUCCAUCUGUUUCCUCAACGUCAUUUUACAACAUGUUUGCUUCCUUCCACACCCAUUCUUUAGUAGCUUCGAUGUGUUCUUGCCGGAAGCCAAAUUGUAUGAUUUAUUUUCCCUGUGGUGUUUCGAUCCAAAUUGACUUGUCUAUCAGGGUGAUACGUAUACAUAAAAUUUAAACGUGAA